AGGGACUGUAGUGUCCACCUCAGCUCCUGCUGGUUAAGGCUCUGAGACGGCGCCAUGGCUGACCACGAAGGAUCCCAGAAGAUGAACGGCAGUGCCGGUCAUGCCUCCGAUUCUCCGGAGCCCCCCAAAGAGAGCAUGCAGCUUAAGAAGGAGAUUUCACUGCUCAAUGGAGUCAGCCUCAUAGUCGGAAACAUGAUUGGCUCCGGCAUCUUCGUCUCCCCAAAGGGCGUUCUGAUCUACAGCGCCUCCUACGGGCUGUCGCUGGUCAUCUGGGCCAUCGGGGGGCUGUUCUCUGUGGUGGGGGCCCUCUGCUAUGCCGAACUGGGCACCACCAUCACCAAGUCAGGAGCCUCUUAUGCAUACAUCCUGGAGUCGUUUGGCGGCUUCAUUGCAUUCAUCCGCCUGUGGACAUCUUUGUUGAUCAUUGAGCCGACCAGCCAGGCCGUCAUAGCCAUCACGUUUGCAAACUACCUGGUGCAGCCGCUCUUCCCAACAUGUGAGCCACCGUACGCAGCAGCCAGGCUCAUCGCUGCAGCUUGUAUAUGCUUACUGACAUUCAUCAACUCUGCCUAUGUGAAGUGGGGAACCCGCGUGCAGGAUGUUUUCACCUACGCCAAGGUGGCAGCCCUCAUCGUCAUCAUCAUCACUGGCAUCAUCAAGCUCAGCCAGGGUUACACAAACAACUUUGAAUCAUCCUUUCAGGGAUCGUCUACAGAUCCUGGAGACAUUGCCUUGGCGCUCUACUCUGCACUUUUCUCCUAUUCUGGGUGGGACACCCUCAACUUUGUGACUGAGGAGAUCAAAAACCCAGAAAGGAACCUUCCCCUAGCCAUCGCCAUCUCUAUGCCCAUUGUCACCAUCAUAUACAUCCUCACCAAUGUGGCCUACUAUGCUGUUCUGGACAAUAGCGCUAUACUGGCCAGUGAUGCAGUAGCUGUGACUUUUGCAGAUCAUACUCUUGGUGUGAUGAGCUGGACCAUCCCCAUUGCUGUGGCUCUGUCCUGCUAUGGAGGCCUCAACGCCUCCAUUAUAGCUGCUUCCAGGUUGUUCUUUGUGGGCUCUCGUGAGGGUCACCUCCCAGACGCUCUGUCCAUGAUCCACAUCCAGAGAUUCACUCCAAUCCCUGCUCUGCUCUUCAAUUGUGUCAUGUCACUGAUCUACCUGACGGUGGAGGACGUCUUCCAGCUCAUCAACUACUACAGCUUCAGCUACUGGUUCUUCAUGGGUCUGUCUAUCGCAGGGCAGAUCUACCUCCGCUGGAAAGAGCCGGACAGACCCAGACCUCUCAAGCUGUCUUUAUUGUACCCCGUGGUGUUCUGCAUGUGUGCUAUUUUCCUGGUGGCAGUUCCUCUCUACAGCGACACCAUCAAUUCACUGAUUGGCAUCGCCAUCGCCUUGUCAGGGGUCCCGGUCUACUUCCUGGGUGUCUAUCUACCAGAGUCCAAACGGCCACCAGUCAUCACCAAGCUACUGCGCUCUCUGACUCACUCCACCCAGUACACCUGCUACUGUGUGCUGACAGAGCUGGACAAGAGUGAAUAGCAUCUUGUUUCAGCAGUCUCUGUAUCCUUGCAGCUGACAGUCAGACGAGGGAUUCUUGGGUGUGUGACAAAAGGAUUUUAUCGUACCGCUCACCAUGUUUGAAGCUCUCAGGACUCCACUGACUUGUUUACAACUCUGAAAAUGCUGCCACAGAUGUUCACCUGCAGAUUUAUCCUGGAAUAUAAGGACAUUCAAAGACAGGAUAGACCGUACUGUUAUACUGCAUAUUGUGGAAAUUCUUCAUCACAGUAUUUAAUGACCUUGAUUAUAACUCGCCCUGUUAGCUCCACAGGUGAAUGUAUAUAUGCCUUUGAAACACUAUGCACCUGUGAGGUCAUACAGGUGCUGCACAUGACCCCAGGGAACUGAUAAUGAUGCAAGUACAUUUUUAAUAAUUAUAUAGGUUUAACCCAUGUUGUGUGCAGUAUGUGUGAAUGUGCUUAACCUCACCUGAGAAUUGAAAAAAAAUAUAUAAAUUGUCUCAUGUUAAUUUCCUUACUGAAAAAAAGGGAAAACAUUUUCUUUUUCUGCUGCUAUGUGAAGACUGAGUCCUCAUUCUAAUGUUAUUGCCUUUAUGUACUUUUGGUGUCAUUGUCUGUCACGUUUGUCUUGCAUUUUAACUUUUAUAUGUUGAGAAAACUUAUUUUCAUGUGGUGGCUGAAGUGGAUUAACUGUCUGCUGAACCCACUCUGACUAGUAUUGUAGGAAGCUGUAGCCUUCCUGUUUCUUUGUAAUGGCUUUAAACUGUGUGGCAAUAAAUACAUUUCUAAUUA